CCUCUCAGCUCUGAACGCGGCCGAGCAGCAGGAGAGAGUAGCAGUGAAUGUGUCCGAGGCAUCGUUUAGCUGUUUAGAGGGAAAAAAACACAAAAAAACUCAAAAACUACGGCGGAAGAAGAGAGGACCAAACCCCGGUGCAGACCCACACGACCUCGGCUUCACCCUGGACUAUGACAACCCCCAAACAGAGGCUGGUAAUAACGGGACGCUGUGUUUUUUUGACGACAAGCGGCUUAUUGCACAUCUGUAGAGCAUAAUGAAGGCAUCCGCUAUUCUUCACGGGUUUUCCUCCAACGUUUAGCCACAACACUAUUCAGAAAUGCGACGCUCUUUAGACGUCCUCUGAAGGGAGAAAAAAAAACAACAUACACAUAUAUAUAUACACUCAUCGAGGGGGGAGCUAGCUGGUUGAGAAUUGUGCUAAAAAAUCCUCCUCCCGUGGCCUUUGGAGGACAGUGAAGUCAUUUGAGAAGGAGAAGAAGAAGACACGUCCAGAUCAUCAUCCCUGAUAGUUUUACACAGUUCUGCAGAGGAAAAUAAACGGCACUGGCUUUCCCGUCGAACCGAUCCAGACCCCGCCGGCUAUCUUAAUUUUUCUUUCAGAUCUUACAUGGUUUUGCCUUUCUGAGCCGUCAUCGCCGUCCCUUUUGUGGGCAUUUAUCCCCCCUCCACCUUACCCUCUCUCUCACACACACACCGUUAAAUUAAAGGAUGCCGGAUCAAAUAUCGGUGACCGAGUUUCUCUCGGAGACAACAGAGGAUUACAAUUCUCCGACAACGUCCAGCUUCACCACCCGCAUGCAGAGCUGCAGGAACACAGUGAAUGUGCUGGAGGAGGCACUGGAUCAGGAUCGAACUUCUCUGCAAAAAGUGAAGAAAUCAGUGAAGGCAAUCUACAAUUCAGGUCAAGAUCAUGUUCAGAAUGAAGAAACCUAUGCCCAGGCUCUGGAUAAGUUUGGUAGCAACUUCAUCAGCAGGGACAACCCUGACCUGGGGACAGCUUUUGUCAAGUUCUCCUCUCUCACCAAGGAGCUGUCGACCCUGCUGAAGAACCUGCUACAGAGCCUCAGCCACAAUGUGAUCUUCACCCUGGACUCUCUGCUCAAGGGGGAUUUGAAAGGCGUGAAAGGGGACUUAAAGAAGCCUUUUGACAAAGCAUGGAAGGACUACGAGGCUAAGUUUACAAAGAUAGAGAAGGAGAAGCGGGAGCACGCCAAGCAGCAUGGGAUGAUCCGCACCGAAAUCACCGGGGCCGAGAUCGCAGAGGAGAUGGAGAAGGAGAGGCGCUUGUUCCAGCUGCAGAUGUGCGAGUACCUGAUCAAAGUAAACGAGAUCAAAACCAAGAAAGGAGUGGACCUCCUGCAAAACCUGAUUAAGUAUUACCACGCACAGUGCAAUUUCUUCCAAGAUGGCUUGAAGACAGCAGAUAAGCUGAAGCAGUACAUCGAGAAGCUGGCUGCUGAUCUCUACAACAUAAAGCAAACUCAGGACGAGGAAAAAAAGCAGCUGACUGCUUUGCGGGAUCUGAUCAAGUCCUCCCUCCAGUUGGACCAGAAAGAGUCUAGAAGAGACUCGCAGAGUAAGCAGGGUGGCUACAGCAUGCACCAGCUGCAGGGAAACAAAGAGUUUGGUAGUGAGAAGAAAGGCUACCUGCUAAAGAAGAGUGACGGGCUGAGGAAGGUGUGGCAGAGGAGGCAGUGCUCGGUGAAGGGAGGCAUCCUCACCAUCUCUCAUGCCACAUCCAACAGGCAGCCUGUCAAACUCAACCUGCUCACCUGCCAGGUGAAGCCGAGCUCUGAGGACCGGAAAUGCUUCGAUCUAAUUUCUCAUAACCGGACAUAUCACUUUCAAGCUGAAGACGAACAAGAGUUUGUCAUAUGGAUCUCCGUGCUAACCAACAGCAAGGAGGAGGCUUUAAACAUGGCUUUCCGAGGUGAGCAGAGCAGCGGCGGGGAGGAUGGAUUAGAGGACUUGACUAAAGCCAUCAUAGAAGACGUGCUACGCAUGCCAGGCAACGAGAUCUGCUGCGACUGCGGAGCUGCAGAGCCGAAGUGGCUGUCCACCAACCUGGGGAUCCUGACCUGCAUCGAAUGUUCUGGGAUCCACCGUGAGAUGGGCGUCCACAUCUCCCGCAUCCAGUCCAUGGAGCUGGACAAGCUGGGGACCUCAGAACUGUUGUUGGCCAAGAAUGUAGGAAACAGUAGUUUCAAUGAAAUCAUGGAGGCCAACCUCCCCUCCCCUUCUCCAAAACCCAGCCCCUCAAGUGACAUGACGGUGAGGAAGGAGUUCAUCAACGCCAAGUACGUGGACCACAAGUACGCGAAGAAGACGUGCACGUCGGCGGCGGCCAAGAUGAUCGAGUUGUUUGAGGCCAUCCAGACCCGGGACUUGCUGGCUCUCAUUCAGGUCUAUGCCGAGGGGGUGGAGCUGAUGGAGCCGCUGCCGGAGACAGGACAGGAAGCUGGAGAGACAGCUCUGCACUACGCUGUCCGGACCGCCGACCAGACCUCACUGCAUCUGGUGGACUUCCUUGUGCAGAACAGUGGUAACCUGGAUAAGCAGACCGAGUGGGGGAACACCGCCCUGCAUUACUGCUGCAUGUACGAAAAGCCCGAGUGCCUCAAGUUGCUCUUGAGAGGCAAGCCGGCCACCGACAUCGCCAAUCAGAAUGGAGAGACGGCCCUGGAUGUUGCCAGGCGACUGAGGAACAGUCAGUGCGAGGAGGCACUCGUCCAGGCUGCAGAGGGGAAGUUCAAUCCUCACAUCCAUGUGGAGUACGAGUGGAGCCUCAGACUGGAGGAGAUGGACGAGAGCGACGACGACCUGGACGACAAGCCCAGUCCCAUCAAGAAGGACCGCUCUCCCAGGCCGCAGAGCUUCUGCCACUCCUCCAGCCUGUCGCCCCACGACAAGCUCUCCCUGCCUGGCUUCAUCAGCCAGAGGGACAAGCAGCAGCGACUCUCCUACAGCGCCUUCACCAACCAGAUGUACAGCGCAUCCACCGACCUCAGCUCCUCCCCCGUGGCUGAUGGGCCGCCGCUGCCGCCCAGGAACCAGGGCAAAGCUCCUCCCCUAUCCGGCCCUCCCUCCACACUCACACCAGGAGGCAGCUCCACCCUGUCCAAGAAGAGACCUCCGCCCCCGCCUCCUGGACACAAACGCACCCUGUCCGACCCACCCAGCCCGCUCUCUCACAGUCCGCACAGUAAAGGGGGCGCAGUAACCGGGGGAAGCGACUCCACCCCUCCGCCGGUCAGUAAGAUGUCCCCCGUGUCCAACAAGUUUGAAGGCAUUCCUCAGCAGCAAAGCACUACUUCAAGCAACACGAAAUCGACACUUGGUCCAAGGGUUCUUCCCAAACUACCUCAGAAAGUGGCAUUGAGAAAGAUCGACACCAUCCACCAUCCGUCUGUGGACAAGUCCAGCCUUCCUCCAGAGGUCUUCCAGAAGUCUCCGCCACCAACCGAAACCGCACACAAGGCGCCCCUGGCUGACAGACCCCAGCUGGGCGACCUGCCGCCCAAACCGCAGGUUUCUGAGCUUCCCCCGAAGCCGGGAGAACUUCCUCCGAAGCCGCAGCUCUCUGACCUCCCCCCUAAACCCCAGCUGGGCGACCUGCCGCCCAAACCUCAGCUCAAAGACCUUCCCCCCAAGCCGCACCUGGCGGACCUGCAUCCCAAACCGGGGACGUCCGAGUCCGCUCCCCGGCCCCAUGCUGGGGAUUCAACGACGCAGAGACCGCAAACGCAGCCGCCCCCUCCGCCUCAAACUCAGCCGCAGCAGCAAGACUCGCCGUCGCCCAACCAGCAGGUGGCGAACAUAGCGACUCCAUCACAGCAAACCACAGAGGACACUAACGGGACGCCGCCGGGGACCGCCGAGACUCCGGUGCCGCUCCCAAGGAAGAUCAAUACAGGUAAGAAUAAAACCCGGCGGGUGAAGACGAUCUAUGACUGUCAGGCGGACAACGACGACGAGCUGACAUUCGUUGAAGGAGAGGUGAUCAUAGUUACAGGAGAAGAGGACCAGGAGUGGUGGAUCGGACACAUUGAAGGAGAUCCGGACAGAAAAGGCGUGUUCCCCAUGUCUUUUGUGCACAUCCUGAGUGACUGACAGCCAGACUUGCACUACGUCUCUCCCUAAAGUGGGAUUUAAUGUAAAUAAAUACCUUAUCACACAGUAAAACCCCUGGUCACACAGCAGGUGUCCUGAAGAAAACAAAGUAAUGAAGAAAACCAAGAAGGCUCAUCCACGCUGUACAAAGAAUGUGUGUAUUCCUCCUCUACCAGUAUUAUCUUAACCCUUAUAGCAUGGCUUAGACAGAGCCACUCAAAACAAAACCCUAGCACUUACCUAGAAGUCUAUGUUUAUGCUGUUCCUGUGUAUAUAUGUAUGUAAAUAUAUAUAUUUGUGUGUGAGUGUACAUACAUGUUUUAUUGUACAAAACAUGUACCUGCUCUCUGCCUGUCCGAGGUUGGUAGAGCGUGAAUUUUAUCUGUAUUACUUUCACCGGCCCUCGAGUAAUUAUCAGCUUAUAUUUCUGUGGGGUUGGCAGAGUGGGGCAGGGGGGAUAGAUAUGAAAUUGAAUGUGAAAUAGGUCAUGUCAUUAUUUGUCUUGCAUCCCUGUUUACCACCAUAGUUGACUGAAGAGGCAGGAGUCUCCCGCCGAUCCUCCCCCGAAACGGGGAAAGUAUUCUCAUCAAGUGUACUCCUUGUUCUUGCUUGCUUUUUUGUGUGUUACACGUAUUAUGGUUGUUUUACCGUACAAAAACCUGCUGCUACUUUGUGGUGGAUUUAAAAAAGAAGAAAAAAAAACAUUCAAAAGCCUGUGGUUCACUGUAGGUCACUAAUUUUACUCCUUGUUACACUGUCCACCCGUACGUAUGCUCUGUGUGUUGAAAACCCGACGCCAUCUCAGCUUUUCCUUGAUGAAACGACGACUGGAAAUGAGUGGAGUGCAGCGUUCAGACACUCACCUCAGGGUUUGAAGAGCCACUAUAAAAACCUAGCAGGACUACAGAUAAAAAAAAAGAAGCGGUAUAUCCUGUUGUUUUAAGCCACUAUCGACCACAUGUAUGGGAAUCUCAACAGGACAUUUUAGCAAUAAUGUUUUUUUCACAGGCUAGAAGCUUCAGAACUUGUGUUCACUUUUCAGUGUCUUGUAAAACCUCAUGAGCUUGAAUUUUGUUCAGUUUUUUAAAGUUUGAUCUAGUUUGAAAUCAUUCCUUGUUACUGGAGAACAUUUCCAGGUUGCCUGUGAACCAGAAAUGUCUUUUAGAUGAAGGUUGUGGAGACAAUGUAUUUUCACCCAGUCCUCACUGACUUACAGUUCUUCCCAUGUUAAGGAACAAACCCAUCAACCCAUUGUAUCAUUAAAAGUGCUGUACCGAAACAA